AUGGCGAAGGGCCCCUACGCGGUAGGACCGUUCUCUUCCCCGUCGGGCACAGUCACGGCGCCACCCUCGCCGCCCUCCGCGAGAUCGAUGGCCGCGCCCGCAAGAAAUUACCCGGGAGGAGAUGAUGCGGAGUUGGGGGAACUCCUGGGUGGCGGGCUCCACGACCUUGACGACGAGGGCUGGAGCCCAGAAGACGCAGACCUGAUGGCUGCCUUCCUUGAAGACGACUUCUCCGGCGAAAUCUUGUUCGGUCUGGACACCACCUCAUCUACGACCGCCGCAAGCGCCGUGUCCGACCAGCCGGGCUCUGUUCCCUCGUGUCCCAUGGCGGAUUUCGACGACCACACCCUAGAACUCCUAGCUUCUUCUGGAGUAAUCUCGGGCGCGCCUGGUGUGGCGAUGCCGUCGACAUCUGUUGGCGCCGGCGCUGACGCCUCGGAUGUCGCUACUGGUGCCAGCGAUGUGGGAGCGGCACUCCCUAGGAUGCCCGCGACGCCUCCGGCCCCGGGGACGAUGCCCGCCUUCGGGCUCACCCCACCGAUCGCUACCGACACGUCGUCAGACACCAACGUCCCCCACCCACCGUCCAUCUCUUCGACGCUGGCAGCACCGUUUACAUCGACGACAGCGACACCCUCGUUCGUCUCAAGCGAUGUGGGAGCGGCACUCCCUAGGAUGCCCACGACGCCUCCGGCCCCGGGGACGAUGCCCGCCUUCGGGCUCACCCCACCGAUCGCUACCGACACGUCGUCAGACACCAACGUCCCCCACCCACCGUCCAUCUCUUCGACGCUGGCAUCACCGUUUACAUCGACGACAGCGACACCCUCGUUCGUCUCAAGGCCAAUCACAGACUCGGUGGCGGCGGCGACGGUGGCAGCGGCGGUUGUGGCCGGAUCCACCACAUCGGAGAUCACGGCACUGACUCCGCCGCCGGCCCCGACGUCCGCCCUCAACAACUCCCGCACCUUCUCGGCGGUAACGACCGGAUCCACCACAUCGGGGCCCACCACACCGAGAACAGAUUCGGUGGCGUCGACAACGGCGGACGCAAGGGAAACGGCGGCGGCGAAGGCGGCGAAGGCGGCGGUGGCGGUGGCAGUGGCAACAUCAGCGCCCUCCAAGCUUUCGACCUCGGCUUUGGCUGUCAGCCCGGUGCUGGGUACGCCAUCCACCAGCACCAGCGACGGCAUCGAUCACGCCCUGGCGAUGGCCAUCCAGGCCCUCAAGAUCGCCGACAGAGCAGUGGACGACAGCCGCCUGGCGCGUUCUCCGGAGACGACCAGCGACAACGAGAAAGGCAGGCUCAGCACCGCGUUGGCCGAGUUUACGGAGAAGAUGUCGAAGGCUGCCCCUCGUACGUCUGCGACGGAGAUGAUGGACGCUGCGUUGGCUGCCUGCAUGGAACAGCUCUUGUUCCUGGAGGAGCGGACGUUCGUUGAAGAAGAGACCGCGUUCAGCGACGACGUGGCGGUGCGGGCAGACCUGGGACGGGCCAUGAUGGCGCUCAACGACGAGAAGAAGAAGAAGAGGGAGGCGGAGAUCCGGGCAAUCCUCGGCGAUGUACGGAAGCGGCGGUCGAAAAGGAUCCGCUCGGCGGCCCUCUCCAACGUCAGGAGGGAGCGAGACGCCAGGCCGGCGUGGGACCACUUCUCCUUGAGGGAGAUGUGGAAAGCGGGUGAAAUCGUGACCCUGUGA